AUGGCUGCAGCCAGCGGCGAGGGGACAGCAGGGACCCGGCUGCUGCCAGCUGGCACUGCCCUGGCCCUGCUCGGUGGCCUGGUCUACCUGGGCACCCUGUGUGCUGCCUGCAAACGGAAGGGCAGGAAGAAAGUCGCUCCGGACGGGGUGAAGCUCGUGGAGGAGGCCCUGCUCUGCCAGACACAGCUGCGCUCGCUCAGCAAGUCGGACACGAAGCUGCACGAGCUGUACCGGGUGAAGGUCAGGGAUGUCCAGCGUCCUGCCAGCCUGGAUCUCCCCGGUCCCGCGGCCCCUGGGGGUGAAUCCCUGCACAGCUCUGGCCUCCUGCACCGUGAGCUGCCCCAGAUCCCCGUCCCUGAGCCCCCGGCCACCUGCCCAGCCCCCGACCAGACCUACUCCAACCUGCUCUUCACCCCGCUGCGCAAACCGGCGCCAGACGCCGUCUAUGAGUGCCUGGCAGUGGGGGACGAGGGCUCCCCCGUGCCCCCCAGUGUCACCCCCGUGCCCCCCAUGCCAGCUGGCACCCAGGUGUCCCCUCCACGGGCUGGGCACGGCGCAGCUGAUUACGCCUGUGUCCAUAAAGUGAAGAAGGUGGUGUCGGUGGAGGUGCAGGACAGGGCUGUGGCAGGACCCUCUGGAGCACAGCACGGCUGGGAUGGCACAGGCAGUGCCCCUCAUGCCAAGCUGGAGGAGAUGUACUCGACGGUGUGCAAAGCCACCAAGAAGAAAUCCCAGGCCCCUGCAUCAACCCCGAGGGCUGUGAAGGAUGGGGGGUCUGGGGGGCUGCCCCCCUGCCAGCAGGAGGGGGCCCCAGCAGCCCCAGGGCCCCCUGACCCCUGUUACGAGUCCAUCAAUGACAGAGCAUGGACUGCCCAGGCCCGUGGCCCCGAGCCUGACUAUGAGGCUGUGGACAUUCACUGGAAGAAGGCAGCAAAAGGGGCCAAGCCAGGGAAGGGCUGUGUGCCUGAGAACCUCUACGAGAGCGUGGUGGACGUCUGGGCAGGGGGGUCCCAGAAAGGCUCUGCCCGCACAGCAGCCAACGGGCUGCAGGUUUACAUCACCAACCUAUAG